UUCUGUCCGUUUUGCCCUCCUUAUUUUCCCGCACUUCCCCGGCAAGAAAAAAAAAAGUCAUAAACAAAAAUUCACCAAUUCAAACCAAUUCGAUUUCACCCGAAAUCGAAUUCCCAACCAUGGACAUCUCCCUCCUCUACGACGCCGUUUCAGUAGCCAGCACCCCCGCGCAGGGUCUAGGGUUCUCAAAUUUCCCGAUUCGCAACCAUCACCUCACCUCCACCAACCAAAUCUCCGUCGCCGAUUCCCACCCCGACGAAUCCCCACCGUCCAACUCCCUCCAGAUCUCCGCCUUCAUCUUCCCCAUCGACGCCGUCGCUCCGCCGCGCGUGCGUUCCAACUCCUACAAAACCGCCACCCGCACCCUCCUCCGCAAGAAGCGGCGCACCAGGCGGAGAUCGUCGAGCGGCGACGACUCCAACGACGGCGGCGGCGAGGAGGACGGCGGGUUCUUCGGCGGCGACGGCCCGUUUUUCAACGGCGGAUGGGGCGGCGGCGGCGGCGGGGGUUGGAAUUUCGAUAGAUUCGGAGGGCAUAAUUGGGAUGAUUCGUCGUCGUCGCGGUCCGAUCCGGCGUUCGAUUUCGUCUACGAGGUGAUGGGUUGGAUUGCGCUUUCGAAUUGCGUGCACUUUGCUUUCAAGAGGGUGAUUCGAAUCGUGGCGGAUGGGUUAGGCGAUGCGGAGAGAGAGAAGGUGCCUAUGAGAUUGGCUUCGGUCUGCUGACUCGACAAAUGGAAUCAAGCGUUUGUUAAGUCAAUAAUUAUGUGCCUGUGACUCUGUGAGUAGCAGUCGGUAAUCCGGUGCUUGUGACUUGAGGUUGACCACCAACUUUUAUUUCAAAUCGCUGUCUGUGCUUGCAACAUUUUCAUUUGGUUUUUGAUGGAGAUGCUUUCCUUGGCUUCCGGGUUCUCAUGUGCGCACAUCUUCAGUGAUGCGUUGUUGAUCUUGGAGAGGAAAGACCGAACUUGUUACCUCAUCUAAUGGAGCA